CAGUUCAUCACUGGUACCCCUCGCUUGCGGACUGAGAGUCCAGCCUCUUUGCACCAGGAUUGAUGCCUCUGGUGGCUUUUUGGUGAGUGGGACGCGACAGGACAGCAGGACAUCAGCUUUGGCCUAUGGGAAUACUCAACUUCUCACCAUAAGAGAGAAAUCACACAAUAAUCAGAUUUGAAAUAAAGGGAUUAACCGUACCAACGCCUCCAAAGAAACCAGAUUUCUCUGCUCUUCUCCACGGGCGUAGCCUUGUCCCAAGAUUUUAUAGGCAACCAUGUCCAGGAGAAAGGUGAGAGGCCUGACCCGUACGGGUCGUCAGGUCAGCGAGGACCCAGACCUGGACAACCUGCUGUCCACCCUCUCCCCUGAGGAGAUGGAGGAGCUGGAGAAAGACAUGAUGAAAGUGCCAGACCUCAAGCCAGAGGAUGGGAAGAUCCUUGUCGCAGGGGAGAGCCAAGCUGCGCAGCCACCUACGAGCAACAAUGUCCAGGACGCUAAACUGGACAGCAGACGAGAGAGUGACCGUAAAGGGAGGCUCAGCGAGAGGGAACAGUCAUUUGAGGGUGAGACUAAGAAGGAAAGCCGGAAGCAGGAAUACCUGAGGAAGAUGGGCCUGAGCCAGGAGGGGAACGACGACGUGACAGUCGGAUUACGAAGACAAGGUAGUAUCUCAAAUGAAAAAGAUACUAAGGUGGCCGACAGACACAGCAAAGGUCCUGAAAGUUUGAGAGAGGAGCGGAGUCGGCUUUCAAGCAGAUUCAGGAACCAGGAGAGCAGAGAGAGUGACGUGAAAGAGAAGACCAAGGAGAAACUUGAGGACAAUAAGAUAAGAGACAGAAGAGAAAACAGAGAGAGCACAGGCAGCAAAACAAAGGAUAUGAUCUCCAAGUUACAGGAAAAGAAGGACGACAGCAAAGACAGGAAAGACGACAGCAGGAGAAGAGAUGAAGGCAAAACCAAAGACAUUAUCUCAAAGCUACGUGAAAAACAAGAGAAGGAUGUGAGCAAGGAAAAGGAGAGAAAAUCUGAGAGUUUCAGGACGCAAGGGCUUGUCUCUAAGAUGCUGGAGAAACAGAGCAAGGCACAAGAAAGCCCGGCUCCGGAGAGUAAAUCUGAAGAGAAGAAGCCUAAAACAGAGGAGAAAAAAGCUGAAGAUAAAAAGCCUGAUGUCAAACUUGAGCGACAAUCAUCAGUGAGGGGUGAGGUGCAGGUGAAACACGACAAGGCGGAGAAGAGAACAGAUAGAGAGGAGCUGGUGAAUCAUAGUGACCACGUGAAGGAGAAGGAGAAGAAAGUCGAGGACAGAAAGGAAAAAGAGGAGAGUAAAGGAAAAGUUAAAAAACCUGAGGAAACUGAGAAACUUGGCAACUGUGUGGCCAAAAACACCCCAAACAGCAAGGCGAAAGAGGAAGAGGAGGAGGACGAAGACUCAAGCAUGUUUGAUGAGCUGAUGGAGCAGGUUCGCAGCAAUGACCCUUCCCUCACUGAGCUCAACGUCAACAACUCAGAGGUCAUCAAGAUCAAAACGCUCAUAGAGUUUGCGGAGGCUUUGCACAAGAACACCAACAUUAAGAAGUUUGCCUUGGCUAACUGCCGUGCGGACGACCACGUAGCUUACGCCAUCGCAGGCAUGCUUCGCAACAACAAGACUCUCACUAGCCUCAACAUAGACUCCAACCAUCUCACUGGCAAAGGCAUCCUGGCUCUGAUCCAGGCGCUGCCACACAACUCCACACUGACUGAGCUUCGCUUUCAAAACCAGCGUCACAUCUGCGGCGGGAAGACGGAGAUGGAAAUGACCAAGAUCCUGAAAGAGAACACAACCCUGCUCAAACUGGGCUACCACUUUGAGUUAGCCGGACCCAGGAUGACUACGACAAACAUACUGAGUCGCAACAUGGACCGACAGAGGCAGAAGCGCCUGCAGGAGCAGAAGCUGGCCCAGGCCAACGGGGAGAAGAAGGAGACGCUGGAGGUACCCAAAGUGGGUGGCGGAGGAUCUCUCAGAGGCUCGCCCAAAGCUUCCCCUAAACCUUCCCCCAUACCGUCACCUAUGCCAUCACCAAAGCUGACGCCUAAAAGAGGAGCUGGAGGUCCACCACCACCUCCGCCUCCUCCUGGGGGUGGACCUCCACCUCCUCCGCCUCCCAUGCUGGAUGUAGACGCCCUGAAGAACUCUCUGACCCCGGUUUCGCAGAGGAAGCUGGAUGGGAAAGGCCCAGCCGGUAGUAAGAACUCAAGGGACCAACUGCUUGCCUCGAUCAGAGGAAGCGACAAGAAACAACUCAAGAAGGUACGUAAGAUUGUUUUACGUAUCGGUUUGCUCACCCAAUACAUAUCCUCACAUACUUUUACUUUUCACGCAGGUGCCGGUGCCAAAGUGGUUGCAGUAAAUUUUCCUGUUGGAAUAUGACGUGAUAAAGAAGACAAAGGGACAUUUCACCACAGGUUGUCAAGGAGACAAACUGUCCCUCGGAUGCAGUCGGAGAACUGCGCUGUGGGACGGACGGAGAAAGUGAAACGUGAGACCGGUUGGAUGACUAGCCCUCACUAUGAGUUCUCCCCUCAAACACUGGACCAAAAGGACUCUGUGGAGAAUGAGUGAUGCGGGGCUCUCUAUUAGCCGACCGCGGAGAGUGCCAUGAGUUUUGUGAUUGUUUGUCUUCAGUACAUAUUGACGCUUUUUGCACUAGAUAACAUGAAGCCGAUCAUAUAACAUGUCGUGUAUGCAUCUGAAUGUGAGCGUGGUGGGAGUGUGAGCUUAUUAAUAAGAAGAUAUUCAAAUAACUCUUUAUAAAACUCUAAUAUACAAAAAAAAGUUUAUCAGUGAUAUAGUGGACAUUAAUUUGACCAUUUAUUUAUUUGUGGAGAGGGAAUCCACCUUAUACUUGUAAAUCUGCUCAAACUGGGAAUUCUGAAAUGGCGGAAAUAUCAGGGAAUUAACAAACAUGGCGGCCUGACUUAAAAAAAAAAACAUCUGGGUAAGAGAAAAAAAAAGGUCAAGGUGGUCUUUGAUUGUGUGUCUCUCAUUGCCAAAUCUCAAGACAUCUCAGGCAGGGUUUAAUGGAUUGGAAAGUGGCCCAGUGGAAUCCUGGUGCAUGACGAAAGAGUCUUCGCAUGGAAAUAAUUACAUAAUGCAUUUUUAUCAGGAAGUGCAAACGGCUGUCCUUCAGUAUCUGAUGUUAUAUUGUGUACAGAAUCAUUCUAGCCUGCGUGUUUGGAUACCUUACAUAACUUGUAAUGUAAUACAUCCACACGUCUUAACCUUAAGGGGAUUUGUUAAAAACCAUUACUGGCUUGUAUCAACCCUCCUGUUGAUUUAUGCCACACUUUGAAGUGAAUGUCAUUUCUAAAGGAGUUCAAUGUGAUGAACAAGAAAAAUCACGAGGGGCACUCGUAUGUGUGCUGAAGGAUUCUCUGUGAUAUCUGAUUACACAUGCCUUUCUUACAGAGCCUGUAUGUCUUCAAUAAAAGAUUCUGGUAUGUUUGCAAUGACACAUCACAAGUGUAAUGUUAUGCCUGGCUGAUAUCAUUAAGGAGAAUAUGUACUAUACAUGUAAAGUGACUUUUGCGAUAUUUUUCAGUAUGAUAAAUCAAGGUAUGUAAUAUAUAA